AAUCUGUCUCUUAUUGGAAUUCUUUUGCUUCUUUGCGAUUAUUAGAGAAGAAAGAGAGAUCUCUUCUCAGCUUUGCGUUUUUUUGGCUUCCUUCCGUGGUGAAUUAAGGAUUUGCAGGGCUUAGUUCAGUCGGUUCGUUUCUGACGCAAUCAGGAUGGCCACUGCAGAAACUGAGGAUCAAACUUGGUUAGCCAAACAAGACCUCGAUAAGAUUGGUGCUGAAAAUCUCACUCCUCUAACGGAAGAAGUCAUAUCUCGGCAAGCCACCAUCAACAUUGGUACAAUCGGUCAUGUAGCUCAUGGAAAGUCAACUUUGGUAAAAGCUAUUUCUGGAGUGCAUACUGUCAAAUUCAAGAACGAGCUGGAAAGAAACAUUACGAUCAAGUUGGGAUAUGCAAAUGCAAAGAUUUAUCGUUGUUCCAACAUAGACUGUCCGCGCCCAGGUUGUUAUAGGUCGGCCGGCUCAUCCACUCCUGAUCGGUUUCCCUGUGAAAGACCAGGAUGCGGUGGACAAUUUACCUGCGUUCGUCACGUAUCCUUCGUCGACUGCCCUGGUCACGAUAUUCUUAUGGCUACUAUGCUUAACGGAGCAGCAGUCAUGGACGCAGCGUUCCUUUUAGUUGCAGGAAAUGAGCCAUGUCCGCAACCGCAAACAUCAGAACAUCUUGCCGCUGUAGAAAUCAUGCAACUUCAGCAUCUACUGAUUCUUCAAAAUAAGGUGGAUAUCAUCAAAGAAUCUCAAGCACGAGAGCAAUAUGAACAAAUAAAGUCGUUUGUGCAAGGUACAGUAGCCGAUAAGGCUCCGGUCAUACCGAUUUCUGCACAGCUCAAAUAUAAUGUUGACUUGGUGUGCGAAUAUUUAUGCAAGAAAGUGCCAGUUCCUCCACGAGAUUUUACCUCACCGGCUCGCUUGAUUGUUAUUCGAUCGUUUGAUGUCAAUAAGCCUGGGUCAGAAGUCGAGAACUUGAAGGGUGGUGUAGCUGGUGGCUCUAUACUUAGAGGUAUAUUGCGUGUUGGUCAAGAAAUUGAAGUCCGUCCUGGAAUUGUAUCCAAGUCGGGUGACGGCAAAGUUCAAUGUCGUCCAAUCUUUUCUAAGAUUGUAUCAUUAUUUGCUGAGCAAAACCAUCUAGAAUACGCUGUCCCAGGAGGGUUGAUAGGUGUUGGUACCAAGAUUGAUCCCACGCUUUGUCGUGGUGACCGAUUGGUAGGUCACAUUCUUGGAGCCGUAGGUACUCUGCCCGACAUCUUCACCGAAAUCGAAAUCAAUUUCUUCUUGCUACGACGGCUUCUUGGUGUACGUACUGAAGCAAAUAAAAAAGCUGCUAAGGUGCAAAAACUAGCUAAAGGUGAAGUGCUCAUGGUAAAUAUUGGAUCACUGUCUACUGGAUGCAGAGUUAUCGCAGUCAAAGGGGAAGCGGCAAAGAUAGCACUGACUGAUCCAAUCUGCACAGAGAUUGGCGAAAAGAUUGCUCUAUCCCGUCGUAUCGAGAAGCACUGGCGUCUGAUUGCGCUAAACGGUAGCUACGAAGCAAAAUCAAGUCUGCAUGGUACUCUUCAUGACUGAUCUAACCGUGUACCAGAGUUUUUUUUCCUCCGAUGAGUGACACAUUUCUAUGCAUUCAUUUUCUAUUUGACUCCUAUAACAUCUGCAGAAGGUCAUGGCUAGCUAAUAACUUAUUCCUUGCUUGUUUAUCCUUCGUAAAGAAAGAUGUUUAGAAUGUUUUCCAUGGGUUUGUGCCGGUCAAAACGGCAUUGUUGCCUCGUUUAUCGGUUUCGCUGUUGUUUGUUGUUUGUUUUUUCUUCGAUAGCAUCCACUUUCUCUGUCGUCAGCAUCUUUUCAGCCGAAUUAUAAUGAUUUUCUGAGCAAUUUUUUCAUUCGCUGAUCAUCUCUAUUUUGUAUCCGUUGUUAUGGGAAGUAUUUCAUAUAAAAUGUCAU